AUGGAAAAGCCGACGAGGAGACCCCUCCAACCCGGCGUCUAUGUGCCUACCAUGACAUUCUUCGAUCCGGCCACGGAAGAACUUGAUAUACCUACCAUCCGCGCUCAUUCAGUACGGCUUGCCAAAGCCGGUGUUGCCGGCCUGAUUACCAUGGGCUCGAACGGCGAGGCAGUCCAUCUCUCCAGAGCCGAACGUGCUCUUGUCACACAACACACCCGCUCGGCACUGGACGAUGCAGGUUUCAGGCAUAUUCCUGUCAUAUCUGGUGCUACAGACCAAGGAGUUCGAGGCACGGUUGAGAUAUGUCGCGAGGCAGCAGAUGCAGGGGCAGAAUAUAUACUGUUGAUCUCACCUAGCUACUACCGAGCUGCAAUGGGGGACCAAAACGCUCUGUUCGAAUAUUUCACAAAGGUGGCCGAUGGGUCGCCUCUACCCAUCAUCCUAUAUAAUUUCCCUGGGGUAGUUGCCGGAAUCGACAUGGACUCCGACUUUAUCAUUCGAUUAUCACAGCAUCCCAACAUUAUUGGAACCAAGUUUACGUGUGGCAGUACGGGGAAGCUAUGCCGUGUUGCUGCUGCCAUGAAUGCUAUCACACCAGCUUCCCCUUUAACAAAGCCUGCAGCAGAUGGGUGCCCUGAGCGGCCGCCCCCUCCUCCAUACUUUGCCUUUGGCGGUUAUGCGGACUUUGCUCUUCAAACACUUGUUUCUGGAGGGUCCGGCAUAAUAGCCGGGGGAGCGAAUGUGUUACCUCGGCUGUGUGUUGAGGUGUUCAAUUUAUGGGAAGAGGGGAAGCUGGCGGAGGCGAUGGAAAUGCAGAAGAUUCUCAGUGACGGGGACUGGAUCAUGUCCAAAUACACCAUCCCAGGGACGAAGAGUGCGAUCCAGGCCUGCUACGGUUAUGGCGGGUAUCCUCGAGCACCGAUGCCUCGUUUAACGGAGGCUUAG